GUCGGAUCAACAAUUCAACAGGAUGUGUCAUACCUGAAACAGUAAAAGUACAACAGGAUAAUGGUCGGUCGACGGUAAGGGAGAAAAAAUUACGCCACAACUCCGACUGGAAAUAUGUGGAAUUUUCAUUGGCCGAGACCGUGGAGCGGCAGUUCGGAUUACUAUCAAUUGAACACUAAUAAUAAUAAUGAUGAAUUUGAGGACAUUGCAUCAAUUGGAAAAUUUGAAUGGAUGGAGUUAUGCGGUUCGGGAUCAUUUAGCAGCGUAUACAAAGCAACGUGGACGGAGCGCAACAUCACAGUUGCCGCCAAGAAAGUUCUAUCUCUGAGCCAAAAGGAACUGGACAUACUUAAAACAAUAAAAAAUCCAUGUAUUAUCAAUAUUUUAGGAGUAAUUUCUCAAUCACCAGAUUUUUACAUCAUUAUGGAAUAUGCAAACGGAGGAAAUUUGUUCAACUAUUUGAGAAAGUUAAAGGGUAGCAAAUUGCCAGAUGAUACGUUUUAUCAAUGGAGUGAACACGCGACGGAGGCUGUGCGGUAUUUGGGUUCUAUCAAUAUCGCGCAUCGUGACAUUAAGAGUCCCAAUUAUCUAAUAACGUCUGCUCGUGAUCUAAAAUUGUGUGAUUUUGGAACAGCAAAAGUUAGUAAUGAAGGCACUUCAGUGACGUCACACGAAAAGGGAAGUUCACCAUGGAUGGCCCCCGAAAUGAUUCGCGAUAAACUUGCGUCCAAGAAGUCCGAUGUGUACUCCCUCGGCAUUGUAAUCUGGGAGUUAUUAACGGGUGAAAUUCCAUACGGGCAAGCGGACAACCAGUACCAAAUCAUGUACUUAGUGGCAGAGAAGGGUGAGCGCCCUCUAAUUCCCGAAGAUUGCCCUCAGUUAUUAAGACGACUCAUACUGAGUUGUUGGCUGGAAGACCGAGAUAGUAGACCAACACCGCAACUUAUAUUAGAAAGGAUCCAAACCAAAUCUUUUGGACCGAUCAGAAAAUCAUAGUUACAGCGCAAUACACACUUCAGAAUAGGCCUAUCAUCAGGUCUUAAAAGUAAAUUACACAGACCUC